AUGGAUAUUUUAAGCAUAGUCUGUAUUUGUUUCUACUUGGGAAGAAGUUGGGGGCAGAAGCAAACGUAUGUUGUCUCAGCACCUAAAGAAUUCUAUGUUGGAGCUCCUGAAAAUGUAGUAAUUCAAGUUUAUGGAUAUACACAAUCAUUUGCUGUGACCAUUGCUAUUAAAAGUUAUCCUGAAAAAAGUUUUACAUAUUCUUCUGGCCAAAUUAAUUUAUCUCCAGAAAAUAAAUUUCAGAACUCUGCAAACUUAACUAUACAACCAAAAGAUUUAUCUGGAGGGCCAAAUGCAGUUUCACACGUAUAUUUAGAAGUUGUAUCUGUCCAUUUUUCAAAAGCAACAAAAAUUCCACUACGCUAUGACAAUGGAUUUCUUUUCAUUCAAACAGACAGACCUGUUUACAAUUCGGAUCAGCCAGUAAAAGUUAGAGUUUAUUCAUUGGAUGAAAACCUUAAGCCAUCCCACAGAGAAGUUACCUUGAGUUUUAUAGAUCCAGAAGGCUCAGAUGUUGCUGUGGUAGGGGGAAAAAAUUACACUGGAAUUAUCACUUUUCCUGACUUCAAGAUCCCAUCUAAUCCUAAAUAUGGUUUGUGGACAAUUAAAGCUAAAUACAAAGAGGACUUCACAACAACAGGAACUGCAAAUUUUGAGAUUAAAAAUUUAUAUUUGGGAAAACCACGUUUCUCUGUCUUAGUGGAACCAGAAAAUUACUUCAUUAGCCAUAAAAACUUUGAGGAUUUCAAGAUUGCUAUAAAAGCUAGAUAUUCUUAUAAGAAUAUAACUGAGGCUGAAGUUUCUGUCUUUUUUGGAAUAAGAGAAGAUUUAGAUGAUAGGAAGAAAGAAAUGAUUCAGGAAGCAACACAAAAGACACAGCUGAUUGAUGGAGUUGCACAAAUCAAUUUUAAUACUUCAAAGGCAAUAAAAAACCUGUCAUAUAAAAGUCUAGAAGAUUUAAAUAACAAGUACCUUCAUGUUUUUGUGACAGUACAAGAAAGUACAGGUGGAUUCUUCAAAGAAACCAAAGCAACUGAUGUCAAAUACGUCCUCUCUCCCUACACACUGAAUUUGAUUGCUACUCCUCUUUUCCUGAAGCCCGGCAUUCCAUAUUUUAUCAAGAUGCAGGUGAAGGACGUCUUUGCCCACAUUGUAGGAGGAAUUGCAGUGACCUUGAAAGCAAAAACAGUUGCCAAAACUCAGGAGAAGACAGAUCUGGGUCUAAGGAAAAGUACAACAAAUGAUCAUGAUGGAGUAGCUUCCUUUGUGGUUAACGUUCCCACUGGCGUGACAGCACUGGAGUUUCACGUUAGGACUGAUGACACAGACCUUCCAGAGGAGUAUCAAGCCAGCAAUGACUACCAAGCAGUGGCCUACUCAUCACCCAGCCAAAGUUUCCUUUCCCUUAGCUGGACAGAAAGUUACAAGAGUUUGCUUGUGGGAGAACAUCUGAGCAUCACUAUUACCCCUAAAAGUCCAUAUGUUGACAAAAUCACACAGUACAAUUACUUGAUUUCAUCUAAGGGCAAAAUUGUACAUUUUGGCACAGAAAAGAAACUCCUGCGUUCAUCUUACCAACAUUUAAACCUUUCUGUGACUCAGAACAUGAUUCCUACAGCCCAUCUCCUGGUCUAUUACAUCAUCACAGGACAGCAGACAGCAGAAUUAGUGUCUGACUCAAUCCACCUAAAUAUUGAAGAAAAGUGUGGCAGCCAGCUCCAGAUCCAUCUGUCUCCAAAUAAAGAUAUACAUUCUCCGGAGGAAGCUGUAUCUCUUAUUAUGGAAACUCAGUCAGAAUCAUGGGUAGCAUUAACAGCNGUGGACAGUGCUGUGUAUGGAGUCCAGAGAAGAGCCAAAAAGCCCAUGGAGAGAGUAUUUCAAGCUCUAGAGAAGAGUGACCUGGGAUGUGGGGCAGGUGGUGGUCGCAACAGUGCCAAUGUAUUCCAUCUCGCCGGACUCACCUUCUUCACCAAUGCAAACGCAGACGACUCCCAAGAACACGAUGAACCAUGUAAAGAAAUUCUGAGGGCAAGAAGAAUGCUUCAACAGAAAAUAGAAGAAGCAGCUGCUAAAUACAAACACACAGUAGUGAAGAAAUGUUGUUUCGAUGGAGCUCAUCGUAAUAAUGAUGAAACCUGUAAGCAGCGACUUGAACGGGUUACCAUAGGCCCAAUGUGCAUCAGAGCUUUCAACGAAUGUUGUGUCAUCGCAACCGAGUUUCGUGCUGAAAAUUCUCAUAAAAAACUGCAACUGGGAAGGCUAUAUACAAAGACCGUGUUACCAGUAAGCAAGCCAGAAAUUCGUAGCUAUUUUCCAGAAAGCUGGUUGUGGGAAGUUCAUCAUGUUCCCAAAAGAAGCCAGUUGCAGUUUGCACUACCUGAUUCUCUAACUACCUGGGAAAUUCAAGGUGUUGGCAUUUCAAAUAGUGGAAUAUGUGUUGCUGAUCUUCUCAAGGCAAAGGUGUUCAAAGACGUCUUCCUGGAAAUGAAUAUACCAUAUUCUGUUGUACGAGGGGAACAGAUCCAGUUAAAAGGAACUGUUUAUAACUAUAGGACUUCUGGGACACUGUUCUGUGUUAAAAUGUCUACUGUGGAGGGAAUCUGUACAUCGGGAAGCCCAGCCAUUGACCACCACGGGACAAAGUCGUCCAAAUGUGUGCGCCAGAAAAUAGAGGGCUCCUCCAAUCACUUGGUGACAUUCACGGUGCUUCCUUUGGAAAUUGGCCUACACAACAUCAAUUUUUCACUGGAGACUUCAUUUGGAAAAGAAAUCUUAGUGAAAACAUUACGAGUGGUGCCAGAAGGUGUCAAAAGAGAAAGUUAUGCUGGUGUUACUCUGGAUCCUAGGGGUAUUUAUGGUGCCAUCAAUAGACGAAAAGAGUUCCCGUACAGGAUACCAUUAGAUUUGGUUCCCAAGACAAAAGUCAAAAGGAUUUUGAGUGUAAAAGGACUGCUAAUAGGUGAGAUCCUCUCUGCAGUUCUGAGUCAGGAAGGCAUCGAUAUCCUAACUCACCUCCCGAAGGGGAGUGCAGAGGCAGAGCUGAUGAGCGUUGUCCCAGUAUUCUAUGUUUUUCACUAUCUGGAAACAGGAAAUCAUUGGAAUAUUUUUAAUUCUAACUCAUUAACUAAAAAACAGGAUCUGAAGAAAAAAUUAAAAGAAGGGUUGGUGAGCAUCAUGUCGUUCCGAAACGCUGACCAUUCUUACAGCAUGUGGAAGGGUGGAGGUGCUAGCACUUGGUUAACAGCUUUUGCUUUAAGAGUACUUGGACAAGUAAAUAAAUAUGUUGAGCAGAACCAAAAUUCCAUUUGUAAUUCUUUGCUUUGGCUGAUUGAGAAUUGUCAAUUAGAAAAUGGAUCUUUUAAGGAAAAAUCCCAGUAUCUCCCAAUAAAAUUACAGGGUACACUGUCUUUAGAAGCCCGAGAGAACACCUUAUAUCUCACAGCCUUUGCUGUGAUUGGAAUAAGGAAGACUUUUGAUAUAUGCCCGCUGGUGAAAAUCAACACAGCUCUAACUAAAGCUGACACCUUUCUGCAUGAAAAUACUCUCCCGGCCCAGAGCACCUUCACGCUGGCCAUCGCUGCAUAUGCUCUUUCGCUGGGCGAUAAAACUCACCCACAGUUUCGUUCAAUUGUUUCCGCUCUGAAGAGGGAAGCUGUGGUUAAAGGUAAUCCACCCAUUUAUCGCUUUUGGAAAGAUGAUCUUCAACAUCAUGAUAACCCUGCACCUAACACCGGUACGGCACAUAUGGUAGAAACUACUGCCUAUGCUUUGCUCACCAGUCUGAACUUGAAAAACAUGAAUUAUGUCAACCCAAUCAUCAAAUGGCUAUCUGAACAGCAGAGGUACGGAGGCGGCUUUUAUUCAACCCAGGAUACAAUCAAUGCCAUCGAGGGACUGACAGAAUAUUCACUCUUGGUUAAACAACUCCACCUGAAUAUGGAUAUCAAUGUCUCUUACAAGCACAAAGGAGACUUCCACCAUUAUAAAGUGACAGAGAAGAAUUUCCUUGGAAGACCAAUAGAGGUGCCUCUCGAUGAUGACCUUGUCGUCAGCACGGGACAUAGCAAUGGCUUGGCGACAGUACAUGUAAAAACUGUAGUUCAUAAAACCAGUACUUCUGAGGAAAUCUGCAGCUUUUAUUUGAAAAUUGAUACCCAGGACAUUGAAGCAUCCAGCUACAGCGGUGACUCGGGAUACAAACGUAUAAUAGCAUGUGCCAG